AGUAAGUAAUCUUUACAUUUAUUUUUACCAUUGUUUGCCCAAAUUUCUGCACUAUAUAAAUUGCAUACCACAUUAUACAAGUUGAACCAGUGAGAGUUGUGAAGGUGGAAGGCGCCUGGAAGCUUCACUCUGACUCAGCCACUCGCCACCACCCGAUCACGAGGAACAUCUACUUGCAAAUAAAGGAAUUAUAAAAUGGCUGAUCCCAGGAUUAAGCAGCUGCGUAUCAAGACUGGAGUUGUGAAGCGUUGUUGUAAAGAAAAAAUCAGUUAUGAGAAGGAGGCUGAGCAGAUUCAGGACAAAAUAAAGAAAAUGCAAGAAGAAGGUCAGGAAGUGUACUACAUCAAGAAGCAAGAUCUCUUACUGCAGGAAACACAAACUGUCAUUCCAGAUUGUCAGAAACGACUAAAUUCAGCUUACCAAGACUUAAAGGCUCUCGUGGAUGCUGAGACAGAGUUAGAAGAGGCUGAGGAAUAUCAAGCAGCCAAGACUGUAGUGGAGGAGACAAGUGCCCACAUCACAGCAUAAGUGUGGUGUGCAGAGAUGACCUGUGUGCCAUUAUCUACUACAUGUGCACAGGAAUCUACUUAUAUGCUAAUUUAUGUUAAUUAGAUGUGCUACUAGAAAUUCUUUUAUCCUUAUUUGUUGUGAAGUGAAAAGCAAAUUGAUGCGCAACUGAAAGUUGAAAAAAUAGACGUAUCUUUGUGAGUUAUGAACAGACGUUACAAAUACAGUAUUUAGUUUGCGGAUGUUUGAUUGAAAAUUG